AUCUGAUCUGCAGCUCAGAAAAAGAUCAUGGGUCUGCUCUCUGAAGGAAAGCCUCUCUCCUGGGAAGAGACGAAGAAGAAUGCCUGGAAGGUACACAAAGUCGGGAUACAGCAGUUCAUAUCUCUGUUUCACAAACUGAAGGACCGCAAAGGCGAUACACUGAAAUGGGGAGACGAGGUGGAAUACAAUCUGAUUAGUCUUGAUGAAGAGAAGAAAGUAGCAAAGCUCUCUCUUCUCGGCCCUCAGAUACUUGAAGUCUUACAGAAACCAGAAUCAGAUGACCCUCU